CAUCAACAGCAACUGCAACAACAGCGGCAACAAAGAAUCCGUCUCCCCUGCCUCUUCCUCCCCCGGGGUUUCCUCCCAGGAACCCUUCGGCUCCUCGCCGCAACCCUUCCCCUCCUCGCCAAAGCCCUUCGCCCGCCCCAAUCCCCGACCCCGCGCAAGCCAUGCGUCUGGCUCGGAGAGACAAGGACCGCCGGCGUAAGAGAGGAGGAGAGGGGGAGCAGAAGAACGAAAUCGAGGAGGAAGGAAAGGAGGAUGAGAAGGAGAGAAAGAAGAAGAGGAGAGCAAGAAGAAGAGAAGAGAAGACGGAGCGGAGGGAGAGGAAAGAAGAAGGGAAAACCUACCCGCACCCUACGAUUUCCUAUACGUAUCCUACAAAUUUCGCAAUCUUUUAUAAUUCUUCACCACGACUAUAUGAUUGCCCGAAACCUCGUAUCUCAAAGUCGGUAGCGCAUAUCCCACAUACGAAAGAGGUUUUCCUUUUGACAAUAGAGCCAUAUGCUCCUAUCACGAGGCCUCCAAUCCCUCGACGGCAGCAGCGACUGAAUAAGGUAGGCGGACAACGACGACCCGUCGGCAAACCAAGAACCCCGACCCCGACCUCGACUGACCGGGCAGUGGCAUGGAUUUGGAGCUUCGAGAUGAGACAGACGGGUGGCUGAUGAAGGACGCGUAAUCCUCCUAUCAACAGGGCUUCCUAUGUCUGUUAUCGCCGAGUGGUGGUAAUAGCCGCGUCUCAAGCACACAGUGACUCAUUUUCACAAGCCUGUGCCUCAAGGGAUGAACUCGACCGGGGAUCAACCGGGCCUUUCACGCCAUCUCAGCCUAUGUGCUGCCGCUCGUUAAUAUUGGGAGAUGAGACCACACAAUUUGGC